AUGACGUCGACACCUUUACCACAGAGCGCCACCUGUCGUGACGGCCAAAGGGACGGUUUGAUUGCGGGUAUUGUGGUAUGUGUUGUCUUACUAAUGAUUGUGUGUGGAAUCCUGAUAUUCGUUCUGGCCAAACAGAAGGGAUGGAUAAGUACGAGAAGAUUUAAUUUUAAAAUUCCAAAGUUUAGAAGACCUAGACAUGCCAAUGAAAGAAGAAACUGUGAGUCAUCAGCAUAUCAAGAAAGGUCGCCAACAACAGAUCCGAAAUCUAAUCCAAUCGGAAACAUGUCAUAUGAGGUUUGUCCGUCAAUAAAGAAAGACAGGGACACCGGAACCGGAAGUGGCAAUAAUGACAAAGACGAUCAGACCGCGGAAAAGCGGAUUUCGACAGUUAGUGGAAGGUCUUAUCUAGAACUUAUUGUCGGACCUGAUGGUUCACAAGUAUAUGAAAAUGUGGAAAACACACAUGCAAUGAGAAAUAAAACUGACGAUGAUAACAAGAUUCAUGUUUCCAAGGCUCUAGAUAAUGAUGUAUAUAUAAAUUUCGGAAGUGAUUUCAGUGAUGAAAAUGGAGAAAUCGUACAUGAACCGGAAGUUGACGAGAGUGAUCAAAUUUAUGGUAACGUUGAAAAUACCAACGGAAAUGUUAGUUAUCCUAAUAGCAAUGAGCCAGGCCUUACUGAUGAUGACGGGCAAAAUUAUUUCGUACUAGAGCGAACCAAUAGCAUUGUGACUGAAAAUUAUUCAUCAAACCAAGAAAAUGCUCCUGAAAUGUCGGAUUAUUACUUUGUGCUUGAACCACAGAAUGAGACUGUGGAAAGCGGAAAUUACUGA